UUCUACACCUGAGCAGCUACAGCUCAUCAUAGCUGAUGAGCCAUCUGAGGAAGCAAAACACAGAAUUUUGUCAAACACGAUCAAGACUUGAUUAUUAUCAACUAUUAAGAUGGAUAAUGGAAAGCCAACAGCAGAGCCCGACAAAAGCCAGGAGGAGGAGGGGAAUAGUUUGGAUUGGCUCCUUCGAACAGACAGCUCAGAGAUAUUUCCUGUGCCUAUGGAUACCAACGUCCUAUUAUCCAGCAAAUGUGAUGAUAACACCGUUGACAGCGUUUACAGCAAAUCAUUCACCAGGGAGAGUGUGUUUGAAGCAGCAUCUCAGGGGGACACAACUCAACUUGACGGCCUGCUUAACUACCUACGAGUUAAUAAGAAGAAACUUACGAGUCCAGAAUUCACAGAUGAAACAAAUGGGAAGACUGCACUUCUGAAAGCUCUGAUGAACCUGAAAGAGGGCAAAAAUGACACAAUUGAGGUCCUCCUUGAUAUAGCAGAGAAAACUGGAGACUUGGAAAAUUUAAUCAACGCAUCUUACAAAGAUCCUUGCUACAAUGGUCAGACAGCGUUGCACAUCGCCAUUGAGAGAAGGAGCUUUGACCAUGUGAAACUGCUGGUCCAGAAAGGAGCAGAUGUUCAAGCAAAAGCCAAUGGGAAGUUCUUCCAGCGUCAUGCAGGAUUGGGCUUUUAUUUUGGAGAGCUUCCUCUGUCACUGGCCGCCUGCACCAACCAGCCUGAUAUUGUGUCCUUCCUCAUGGAAAACCCUUACACAAGAGCCGACGUGUCUGAUAAAGACUCGCAAGGAAACACUGUCUUGCAUGCCUUGGUGGUCAUAGCGGACAACACGGAAGAAAACACAGAAAUGGUUGCUAAGAUGUAUGACGAGAUCCUUACUCAGCACAGCAGGCUUGAGAAAAAAAGAGAAGUCCAGUUAGAAGCGAUUGAAAAUAAUCAGGAGCUGACCCCUCUGAAGCUAGCUGCCAAGCUAGGAAAAAUUGGGCUAUUCAAGCACAUGUGCCACCGCGAAUUUGUGGAUGAGGAACUGAAGCCGCUGUCCAGGAAGUUUACAGAAUGGGUUUAUGGACCAGUUCACUCCUCACUUUAUGACCUGAGUUCCAUUGACACCAACGAAGACAACUCUGUGUUGGAGAUAGUCAUCUUCGGGAAUGAAAUUCCGAAUCGUCCUGAGAUGCUAAAGAUCGAGCCGCUGUGCAGUCUUCUCCAGAAUAAAUGGGACAGUUUUGCUUCAAAAUUAUUCCUGAUGAAUUUUGUGGUUUACCUGAUAUACCUGUUCAUCUUCACCGCUGUGGGCUUCUACAGAAAGAAAGGACCGCCUCCAUUUCCCAUUGAAGAUGUCCCGCUUGACUACAUUCGUUGCAUUGGUGAGAUCAUCAGUGUCCUUGGAGCAGUGUGGUUUUUCUAUAAAGCGAUUACCAUUUUCAGGAGGAACCCUCCAACCUUCAAGUCUCUGAACACAGAUGGAUUCUGUGACAUUUUGUUUUUCCUGCAGGCAACAUUCCUCCUGAUCUGCACAGUUUUGUACUUCUGUGGGCAGAGAGAAUAUGUCGGACCCCUCGUGCUCUCGCUGGCUCUUGCCUGGAUCAAUGUCCUGUACUACUCAAGAGGCUCAAAACAGAUGGGGAUGUACAGCGUCAUGAUGGAAAGAAUGAUCCUGGGUGACCUGUUUCACUUUUUAUGUGUCUAUGUUUUCUUACUGUUUGGAUUUUCUUUUGCUAUCGUCGCUCUCAUAGACGACUCUUUUGUGGCUAAUAACACGUCUAGCAAUGACACACUGGAACAUGAAGGGAGCUCUGGUGCCGAGCCAUUUAAGUGCGAGACGCCAACUUACAAUAACAUCCGUUUUACAUUACUGGAGAUGUUCAAGUUCACCGUUGGAAUGGGAAACCUGGAGUUUACCGACCACGUUCAGCACAAGGAGGUGUUCUUCAUCCUGCUCAUCUCGUACUUGGUUCUCACCUACAUCCUGCUGCUCAACAUGCUCAUCGCCCUGAUGGGCAACACAGUCAAUAACAUCUCUGAAGAAAAUGAAAACAUCUGGAAUCUGCAGAGGGCUUUAACCAUCCUGGACAUGGAGGGGACUCUGCCAAGGUGCCUUAUGAAUAAACUGAACUCCAGGAAGUCGAAGAUGGUGUGCGUAAGAGGCGAGCAGGACAAGACUCGUCGAUUUUUUAGGGUGGAGGAAAUUAAUUGGAAACAGUGGAGGUCAGACGUUGGUGUUAUGCAGGAGGAGGAUCCCUGGGAUGAUGUGAUGAAGCCACAGCCCCGUGAGCACACUCAUGAGAGUCUGUGGAAUAUCAGUCUUAUUUUGGAGAGGAUUCGAGCCAGACGUCCCCAACCCCGGCAGUCCAGCGUUCCCUAAUUUCAAAAGAGCAUUGACAUACAGAGCAAGAGUUUAAAGUCUGAAUAUUAAGAUUUGGGUUUCAUUCGAGCAUGUAUUUGCAGUCACAGGGGCCCCUCCCUUCUAAAGAAACUUAUAUUGUGCCUCUGGGCCAACAGGCAGUUUGUUUUUGGGUUGUCCCUCCAUUCAUUUGUGCCAUUCUUGGGAACAAAAAAAAAGGCCUUAUGGGAAUGUCUUCAAAUUUGACACAAACAUCCAGUUGGAC